AUGCCUCAAACGAUGAGCUGGCGAGCCCUGACAGCUGUGACACUCGCAGCCAUCACGGCCUCAGCCUACCCCUCCGAACAUACCGCCCGUUCGAAUAAACACGCCUACUGCCCUACCUCAGAGCUCUGUAACUGGGGAAGCUGCACCAACACUACCAUUGGACUUGACCCCAGCAAUUGUGGCAAGUAUGGCAACUCCUGUGAGGCGGGAGAAAUUUGCAUUGUUGGUGAAUGCAAACCAUUGAACAUUGGAGUUCAGAAGUGCGAUACUCCAUGCACAGCUGGUCAAUGGUGCAAUGAUGGCGAGUGCACUUCGAUUGAGAUCGCGGUAAACUCCCGUCUUUGUGGCACAGAUCAGGAAGACUGUGGCGCUGGCGCAGUUUGUAUCAACGGCGAAUGCCAGAUCCUCGACAUCGACCCCGAAACUACGUCUUGCGGUCCCGACAAAGUAACCUGCGAUGCCGGAACUUGGUGUCUACAAGAUACUUGCGUACCAUUCAUCCUCGGAACAUACCCUCAAACCUGCGAUAACAAGACCCCCUGCCCUCUCGGCUCAUCUUGCAACGAUGGACAAUGCCAACAAAUCUUCAUCUCGACCGACGUUUACAACUGUGGAGAGUCCUCCAAGGGCUGCACCGCCGGACAGCUCUGUGUCUCUGGAUCAUGCCAAUCUCUUUCCUUCACUGAGGAGAAGUACCAAACAGAUGCAUGUGGUAAAUCCAAAGGACCUUGUGAUCCUGGCUUCUUUUGCUGGGAGGGCGAGUGCUUGCCUAUCAGUAUCUCUACCGAUUCUUCUCACUGCGGCGACAACAAAAAAGGAUGUGGAGCUGAUGAGCUUUGCAUCUCUGGAAUGUGCAUCAAGAACCUUUUCCGGGAGGGUGAAGCUGGUGUUACAUGUAGCAGCGGCUCUUCUGGCUCCGGCGGUAGUCAGGAGGGACCUACUGGACCUUCUGGAUCUGGUAACACUUCGUCCGGCAAAAGCUCCAACGGCAAGGGAGGCUCUUCAGGAAAGGGCAGCUCUAGCGGCCAGGGCUCUUCUGAUGGAUCGUCCAACAAUGGUGGUUCUUCUGGUCGCCCUGGUGGCAAGCCAUCCGGCAGUGGUGGCUCUGAUAGUGGCUCUUCCAAGGAAGACGGCUACCCUGGCUAUGGCCCCGGCAAGCCUGGUUCCGGUAAUGGCAAUGGUAAGGGUGGCUCUGGCAGUAAUGGCAACGGCAACUUCCGCGGUUCUGGCUCUGGCAAUGGCAAUGGCUUCGGCCCAGGCUCCGGUUCUAACUCUGGUAAGGGAGGUAAUAAGGGUGGUGCCAACAACUUUGGUCCCGGUCGUCCUGGACCGGGAGAAGAUGGCAAUGGUUCCCCCGCCCCGUCCUGCGAUCCCGACUGCUCCUCCAACGAGAUCUGCAUUGGCGGCGAAUGCCUCACUGUCUCAGAUCCUCUAUCCUGCGGCCCCUCUUCUACCCUUUCUCGUCGCCAGACCCAAGAAUGUCCUGAAGGUUUCGCCUGUAUCGACGACCGCUGUGUCCCAGUCGAAGGACCCGAAAACUGCGGUGGCUCUACCUGUCCUCUCAACUAUGCUUGUAUCGAUGAUGCUUGCGUUGCUCUCAGUGAUCCUACCAACUGUGGUGGAGAAGUCUGUACCAGCGAUGAGAUUUGCUUGGCUGAGACCUGCACUGCAAACCCUGCUCUGGCCAGCUGCUUUGGUGUUGUCUGCCCUAGAGGGCAGAGAUGUCUCGAUGGCGAUUGUGUUGCUGCACCUGGAUUCAAUGGUAACCCCCAGGGCGGUAACGGCCGACCUGGCGAUGACCUUGAUGAUGAUGAUGACGACGAUGAUGAAGCAUCCCUCACUGUCACUAUCUCCGGAUCUGUCACAGUUAUUCCCAACCCAGAUGCCACAGACGGGACUGACGCUUCUACGACUGGUCUACAAGGCGGUCCUGAAGGAACCCCAGGCACACUACCGACUGACUCCAAUGGAAAUGUCAUCACAACUGCCAUCGCCACUGGAGGACCCGAUGACAACGAAGCCACUGCAACAUUUGGAGUGAUCACCGACGGCAGCACGACCAUCACCUUCGGCGUUGACCCUACUCAGACUGGCAUCGCCUGUUCAAUCGACGCUGAGUGUAUCCUCGACGCGGAGCUUUGUGUCGUUGCUGGAAUCAACGUCUGCAUUUGCAACAAUGGUGUUUGUGUCAUCGACCCAGAUCUUACUCCGGGUGGUCCCACCACCGGAGCUGGAGGACCAGACCCUACAGACGACUUCCCUCCAGCGCCAACCGGAACCUUGGCGUGUACAACUGACGAUGACUGUCUUGCUCUUGGUAACACUUGCCUGUUCAACGGCGAGAACAUUUGCAACUGUGUUGACGGCGUCUGUGUUCAGGGACCCAUUCCUGGAGAUCCCCAAGGCGGCUCAGGAAGCAUUGGUCCUACUGACGGUCCUGAUCUGACUACCCUCACUGGAACUGAUGGCGAACCUACAGCUACUGUUACGCUCACUGAUGAUGGACCUGACGAGCCUGAACUCACAACACUCACUGGAACUGAUGGCGAGCCUAUGGCUACUGUCACUCUCACUGAUGACGUCCCCACUGACCCCGACGUCACUACUCUCGGCGGACCCGAUGGUGAACCGACUGCUACUGUUACUCUUACCGAUGACACACCUGGUGGCCCUGAAGUUACAACUGUCGAUGGACCAGACGGCGAACCCACUGCCACCCUGACCCUUACCGCUACAGACCCCGCGGAGACUGAGUUCCCCUGCAACACCGAUGCUGACUGCUUGGCUGACCUUGGCCUUUGCGUUGAUGGUCUGAUCAAUCUGUGUAUCUGUGUAGAUGCAAUUUGUAUUGUUGACCCUGUCACCAAUGUUGAGACAACAGCUACCGAUGAUAUUCCAGCUCCUACACCCACUACUGGCUGUACUACCGCGGCCGACUGUGUAGCCAACACCGAGCUAUGCGUUGAUGGUCUCUUGAACAUCUGCCUCUGUCUUGAUGCUGUCUGUGUUGUUGCACCCGAUGCCGCCGCUACUACAGGUGACGUUGUACCUACGGAGACAGCAACUACUGAAUGCAGUACGGAUGAUGACUGUCUUGCCAACAUUGGUCUUUGUCUGGAUGGCCUUCUGAACCUGUGUGUUUGUGUCGAUGCUGUCUGUGAGUUGGCUCCUGGGGGAGGAGGUGACGACGGCGAGGAUGGUUCAGCUUGCACAGACGAUGGCGACUGCAUAACAGCAGGAUCUGUAUGCUUGGACAGUGGUGUUUGUGGACCUGACCCUGAUGGUCCAGACACCACAACCUGUAAUACCGCUGAUGAUUGUGCGGUGAACGCUGCCUUAUGUCUUGACGGCUUACUCAACCUCUGUGUUUGCGUUGACGCUGUCUGCCUGAAUCUAGGCGGAGGUGGAGGUGAUGGGUCUGCCUGUACUGAGGACGAUGAAUGCUCCACCGCUGGCUCAGUCUGUCUUGACAGUGGCGUCUGUGGCCCUGACCCGACUGACCCUGGCACAACAUCUUGCGACACCGCUGAUGACUGUGUUGCCAAUGCAGGUCUUUGCUUGGAUGGCCUCCUCAACUUGUGUCUCUGCGUCGACGCUGUCUGUGUACCAUCCGGAGGUGGAGGUGGAGGUGGUGACGGUGAGGCCUGUACGGAUGAUGGUGACUGUACCACUGCUGGUUCAAUUUGCCUCGACAGUGGUGUCUGCGGUCCUGAUCCGACUGACCCUGGCACAACAUCUUGCGACACCACUGCUGACUGCACUGCGAAUGCUGCCCUCUGCCUUGACGGUCUUCUCAACCUUUGCGUCUGUGUUGAUGCCGUUUGUGUUGUGACUCCGGGUGGUGGCGGCGGUGACAAUGACGGCGAUACCUGCACUGACGACACCGACUGUACUGGAACUGGCUCCAUCUGUCUUGACAGUGGCGUCUGUGGCCCAGAUCCUAGUGCAGGCACAACCCCUUGUACCACAGCCGACGACUGUGCGGUGGAUGCUGGCCUUUGUCUCGAUGGCCUUCUGAACCUUUGUGUUUGCUUAAAUGCUGUUUGCAUUAAUCCUGGAGGCAACGGAGAUAACGACGGCGAUGCUUGCACCGACAACGGUGACUGUACUGGAUCUGGAUCUAUUUGUCUUGACAGUGGUGUCUGUGGUCCGGACCCCGAUGCAGGCACGACUUCCUGCGACACAGCAACCGACUGUACUGCGAAUGUCGAUCUUUGUAUUAUUGAAGGUCUCAACUUUUGCGUCUGCCUGAAUGCCGUCUGUGUUAUUGGAGCAGGUAACGGAGGCACAGGCGAGUCUUGCGGGGUAGACGCAGACUGUACUACUCCAGGCGACGAAUGUAACAACAGCAUCUGCGGUCCCCCAGGCGGCGGUGGCCCCGAUGCGUGCGUUGACGCCAACGACUGUCUCCUAAGCGUCAAUCCCCUCUGCGCUCUAGGUCUCUGCGUCUGCGUAGACGCCGUCUGCGCAACAUCCCCCGAUGUUGAUGAGUGUUCAGGUGACGACGACUGCAGCGCAGGUGCCACUUGUUCCAACGGCGUUUGUGUAGACAACACAGAUUGUACUGGUGCAGCUGACUGUCUUGCAAACCUGGAUUUGUGUGUUCUGCCAGGCGUUUGUGCCUGUGUCAAUGGUGUCUGUGGACUUAUUGGCAAUGGACCUACACCGGAGUGUACGGCAGCUGCAGAUUGCAGGACAUUGCCUAGAUGUCGCUUGGGACUAUGCCUUUGCGUUGCUGGACAGUGUAUUCUUGGAGGAUAG